UCUGCACUCUCUGUGCUCCCAUGGGGAACAGUGUUCGGUCGAGCUUGCUCCUCUGCUGUUGUUCUCUGCUCUCGCUUUUACUCUCCGCCACCGCGUAUCUCCCCUACCACUGGGACGGCGGCAAUGGCCUGGCCGCGGGGAUGGCGAGGGGGCGGAGGGCGCGUGCCGCUGCCGAGAGUUGCAACCUGUUCCAAGGCAGCUGGGUCUACGACGAGUCGUACCCGGCCUACGACUCCUCCGCCUGCCCCUUCAUCGACCCCGAGUUCGACUGCCAGCGCUACGGCCGCCCCGACAAGAACUACCUCAAGUAUCGUUGGAACCCUGAUUCUUGCGACCUCCCAAGAUUCAACGGAGUGGAUUUUCUAACGAAAUACAAAGGGAAGAAGAUAAUGUUCGUUGGGGAUUCCCUCGGCGAGAACCAAUGGAUGUCACUGGCUUGCAUGCUCCACGCCGCCGUCCCCGACGGCAAGACAAACUACACAAAAUCACCCCCCCUCUCCUCCAUUACGUUUCAGGAGUAUGAAGUGUCGGUCAUGCUGUACCACAGCACCUACCUAGUCGACAUCGUCAACGAGACCAUCGGCAGGGUUCUGAAGCUUGAGUCGAUACAAUCCGGUUCGGCCUGGAUCGCAGCUGACGUGCUGAUCUUCAACACCUGGCACUGGUGGAAUAACAAAGGAGCGAGCCAACCAUGGGAUUACAUAGAAUACGGCGGGCAGACGUACAAAGACAUGGACCGGUUGGAGGCCUUCAGCAAGGGGAUGACCACCUGGGCCAAAUGGGUGGAUUCCAACGUCAAUACUGCAACAACUAAAGUCUUCUUCAGGGGCAUCUCUCCCACCCAUUACAUGGCAAAAGAGUGGGGCGAAGCGACCACAAAGGGAUGUGCUAAUCAGACGGAUCCUGUGAGUGGAUCCACCUACCCGGCCGGUCCGGUUCCGGCGCAGUCGGUGGUGAAGAGUGUGUUGAGCGGGGUGUCGAAGCCGGUGUUCUUGCUCGACGUAACUCUGCUCUCUCAGCUUCGGAAGGAUGGGCAUCCAUCGGCGUACAGCGGAGAGCAUCCCGGGAUGGAUUGCAGCCACUGGUGCCUCGCCGGCGUUCCGGAUACCUGGAAUCAACUCCUGUACGCAGCACUGACACUAUAGAAGUCCUCGGGGCGUCGUCGUUCAACCUGCUCAUUGUUUCCCUUCAUUUUACUUGAAAAAAAAUCUCUUUUGUCAUUGUUUUCUAGGUUAAUUUUUUUAGUGGAAUUAAUUACAGUCAUUUGCAAUUGUAUGAUGAUGAAAUAAAUUACAAUUAGUUCAAUAAAAUUUCGACUUAUUUUUUUUAAAGUCAUA